CGACAAACCAUGGUAUGCAGCAUUCACAACGGUCGUUAUGGAGCAAAUGGACGAUGAAAGUCAAAAGCAAGGAUAUCCUGGAAUGAGGCCUUGAGGCAGUCUUUUGAGGCCUGACUAGCGGGCCUGGGCGGGCCGCCAAUUGACAUCACUAAACAGCUACUCAAAAGUCGACAGAGACGGCGACCUGUCUCUCUGCAUUCGGUCCUCUCAUCUUCACUUAACUUGGACAUUCACAUAUUUCAAGUAUGGAACACAGUACCAAACCUAGCUCUUCAAAGCAUGACCGCGCUCAUAAAGGUGAACGCGAACACCAUAGCAAGAAGCGACACAACUCAGAACGCGAUGCUGAGCCCUCGAAGAAAAGAAAACGCAAAGACCACAAAGUGGAGCCUGCACUACAUAUUGUAGAUCAGGCGUCUGAUGAUAAUGAAGUUUGGGAGGAGAAGAACAUAGAUAUGGAAGGGGAGGAGGUUUUGGCACAAUACAUACCUACGGCAGAGAGUCUCAAACUGACUUCCAGAUCUAUAUCUGAACCGUCUGACCCUCCUCUACCACCUCCAACCACGCUGCAGACAUAUCUGAAACGGGACGAAUGGAUGUUGGAUCCCACGGCUAUGGAUGUCGUUCCAGAGAUCGGGUCUCGUAUUCCCCCAGGAACGCCUGGUGAUGAAGCAAUGGCAGAUACCAGAGACGUAGCAGCACCUGCAAAGUCUCUUCCUGCCGGCACCGAUUUCUUCUCGUCGCUUGGGACAGAACUGCGAAAGAAACCGCCGAUCAACACCCCUGACCUUGACAAGGUAUCCCAAGUUCAGCUCCAAGGAGCUCAAUACAUCUCUUCGAGAUGAGAAACCUAUGGAGGAGACACCUACUACAGAACGCAAGAUCGUUCCGGGAGGGCCUGGAUCUCAAUGGCGAAUGAUGAAGCUGCGGCGUGUCUAUGAGACUGCAGAAGAGGAAGGCAAGAGUGUUGAAGAAGUCGCUAUAGAUCGAUUUAAUUCACUCGAGGCAUUUGAAGAAGCCAAGGAAGAACGUCGAAUAUUGGACGAGCGUGGCGGAAGACGGCAUGAACCUAGGAGUAGUGGUAAGAAAGAGAGGGGCAGGGAACCGGAAGGGGAGCGGCGGUACAUGUUCACUGAUGUUGCGCAGAGCGGGGCGUCGAGUCGAAGCUCCUCAUUCCGAAGACCAGACAUCGGUGAUAGCAUGCCUUCAACGCCAACUCCUUCACGAUUUCCUGUACCUGCCAAUGGACGCGGUAGCUCUUUGAAACCGGCUACACAAACUGGUAGUGCUGGCGCAGGACCUUCAGGCGUCUCUCAUACACCUAUACCAUCAGUCAUGACUCCCACUCAUGCUCUUCCCGGACCGUCGAAGCCUCGUGCGCUUUCUCCUUCAUCCCUGAAUAAACUCCAAGCCAAAGUCUUGCGAGCCAAGCUCAUGGGCGUCCCCAAUGCUAGCGAGCUUGAAAGAGAAUACGAAGAGGAAGUGCGGAAGUCGCACGGCGAGGGAGAAGAGGGUGAAGGACCCGCGACUCGUGUAGAGGUGUUACCGACACUGGAUGUUCGUGGUCGGCUGUACGAUGUAGGUCAAGGCAAGGAAGAUGCGCCUCUGCCUCCCGGCAACCGCAAGAGAAAAGAAAAGGUGGAGACUCGGGAGCCAGGAACAGGCGAACUUGUGAGGAUAAAUCCAGAUGAUGAUUCUGUCACCUUGGGCGAGCUCCUUCGCGAGGAACGUUUCGGUGCAGGUGCUGCAGACCAGAAGAAUCUGGACGCGGAAUACGCUCGCGCUGUUGCGACAGAUGGUGGUUUUGAGAAUGAUCUUGACUACAUAGACGAGAACCUCGACAUGCUCGCAAGGAAGAAGAUGAGAAGUGAUGCUAUGAAACGUCAAUUCGCGAUCAACGACUAUAAGCGGACACAACAAGCUCUUGCUACAUGUCCGUUCUGCUUUGGAGAAGACGAUUCUCCCCCAAAGGCACCAGUUGUUGCUAUGGGUACUCGAGUAUACCUCUCCUGCACACUUCAUGAAGAGUUGGUAGAAGGCCACUGUCUGAUCGUGCCCAUUCAACAUCAUCUAGCCAUGUUGGAGGGUGAUGACGACGUAUGGGACGAAGUCAGGAAUUUUAUGAAAUGCUUGAUGCGCAUGUUCGCUGAACAGGACAAGGGCAUUAUCUUCUACGAGACGGUUAUCUCGUUCAAAUGGCAAAAACAUACCGUGAUCGAAUGCGUUCCUGUUUCAUGGUCGAAAUUCGAAGAGCUCCCAGCAUACUUCAGGGAAUCUAUCCUUAUGACGGAGGGGGAGUGGACGCAACACAGAAAGCUCAUUGAUUUCUCUGAUCGCCCUGGCGGGUUCCGAAGGGCAAUGGUACCGAACUUACCUUACUUCAUGGUCCAGUUCGACUACAAGGGUGAAAAUGGUUAUGGUCACGUCAUCGAAGGUACCGACAAACCCGUCGAUGAAGACGAUGCUAGGGUAGACGAGAACAUGGAUGGAGCCGAUUUCCCCCGAUACUUUGCGGCAGAGAUCAUAGGAAACCUGAUGGAUAUGGAACCGCGUAGGUGGAGACGACCUCGUAAGAUCGAUUUCCACCACAACAAGGAUAGAGUGGCGAAGUUCAAGAUAAUGUACGACAAAUUUGACUGGACUGGAAUGAUUGGAAAGUCAUGAAGACCAAUGGACUAUCUUCAUACGUGUAUCAUACUGUAUUCUUAAGUGUAAGGUAAUGUACAAUUAUAUCCUUCGUUGAAUCCGCUUUGGCCUUUGCGGAAUACCGUCGGGGACCUGCCUGCCCAUGAAAGGUACGUGCACCAUCAAAUCUCGGUCACCAGUCUAGAUCGCGC